GAUGUUUAUCCAAAGCCAUAUUUGAUUAUUAUGAGCUUUGAUAAAAUAUACUCUGUUGAUUCUAUUACUGGAGAUAUUCAUGUCAGCACUAUUAAUGGCUCAAGUAAGAAUAAAUCUGACCAUGCAUCAAGAUAUAAUGACAUAGAAAUUGAUGUAGUUGAGAAUGUGCUUUACUACAUUGAUGACAAAGACAUAAAACGGGGAAAUCUUGACUUGACUAGAAACGAAAUUUUUGCGAAAAAUGUUUCUGUUCAUGACAUUACAGUUGACUGGAUUGGUCGUCGUAUCUUUUACAUUGACUCCACGAACAUUAUCUACCAAAUUUAUUUGAACAUUACAUUUCAAGAGAACAUUACAAGUGUUAUGAGGCUUCAACCAGGCUUACAAUUUUCCAGCAUUGCAUUUGACUCAAAACAUGGGCAGUGUAAGAGAUGUGCAACAAUCUCAAUACGGAAUGGCAAUAAAGUUUUAAAAUAUUCACGAAUGUGGUGAACGUAAAAACCUCAACUUUUCGUUUUGUAAUGAAGA